AAGGGCGCGUGUCGCGACUCACCCGGGAGGGCUCACCCACCAGGAGCGGAGCCCAAGCUCGCCAGGCAAAAGCAGGCUUGGCCAGCUCCUGUUUGGACUCCUCUCAGGAUUCCCUACAGCACCUGCCCAGGAUCCAGGGAGUUCAGGCCUCCAGCGGUCAGAAGCAGCCUGUCAGCAGGAUGAGCACUGUGAGCCAGUCAUGGGUCAUCCCACUCACCUACGGGCUGACUACCCUGGAACUUACCUGCCUCUUCAUGCAGUUUUCCAUCCUGCCAUAUCUCUCCCGGACACUGGGCCUGGACACUGUCGCCUUCAGCUACCUGCAAACUAUCUUCGGGGUGCUCCAGCUGCUGGGUGGGCCUGUGUUUGGCAGGUUCGCAGACCAGCGCGGGGCGCGGGCGGCGCUCUCGCUCUCCUUCGUGGCAUCCUCUACGCUCUACCUGCUCCUGGUGGCCGCCUGCAGCCCGGCCCUACCCGGUGUCUUCCUGCUCUUCGUCUCGCGCUUGCCCACGGCGCUCAUGCACACGCUGCCAGCUGCCCAGAUGGUCAUCACCGACCUGACUGCGCCCGCGGAGCGGCCGGCGGCCCUGAGCCGGCUGGGCCUCUGCUUCGGUGUCGGCAUGAUCCUCGGCUCCCUGCUCGGUGGGACCCUGAGUACCGCGUAUGGGACUCACUCUCCUGUCAUCGUGGCACUUGUGGCCAACCUCCUGGGAGCUGUUCUCAGCUUCACCUGCAUCCCUACCACCACCAAAGGGGCCAGUGUGGACACCCAGGCUCCCCGGACAAGUGGAGCCAAGGCCAGUGUGUUUGACCUGAAGGCCAUCACCCAUCUGCUGCUGCAGCCUGGUGUCCUGCCCGUGUUCCUGGUCAAAGUGGUCUCUGGCUUCCCCUCCGGACUCUUCAUGGUAAUGUUCUCCAUCAUCUCCAUGGACUUCUUCCAGCUGGAGGCCGCCCAGGCCGGCUACCUCACGUCCUACUUCGGGGUCCUCCAGAUGGUGAUCCAGGGCCUGGUCAUCGGAUGGCUGAGCAGACACUUCUCAGAGGAAGCCUUGCUGCAGGCCAGUGUGCUGGUCUUCGCCAUGGUGGGACUGGCCAUGGCACUGAUGUCCAGCGUCUUCCACUUCUGCCUUCUGGCGCCCUGCCUGGUGUUCAGCCUGUGCACCCUCAAUGUGGUCACCGACAGCAUGCUGACCAAGGCCGUCUCUGCCUCAGACACAGGGACCAUGUUGGGCCUCUGUGCCUCUGUGCAUCCACUGACGCGCACCGUGGGGCCCAUGCUGGGUGGCCUCCUCUACCGCAGCCUUGGUGUCUCGGUCUUUGGCCAACUGCAGUUUGCCGUCAAUUUUCUCGUCCUCCUGGUCCUCUGGAGGAAGCCUAUGUUGGAGAAGAGGGACAAAACUCGGUGACUACUGCCCCAGGCACAGACAGGCAAUAAACUCCUUUGGGACCUGA